AUGCCCUUGAAUCUGGCCCGACGCGGCGUGGGUGCCUUGCGACACCUGAGCUUGAGCGACACUUUCUCCCGCCCUGUCUGCAACACGAUUGCCCAAAGCCACGCCAGGCGCAUCAGCUUGGCUGCGAAUAGUCGCUCUCUACACGCGAGCGGUCGCCAUGUGUCCGCUGCCGGCGUCCUGCCGAAAACACUAGCCAACGGCUACGCCACGAAGAGCACGUCCGACGGAGCUGCCAAAUCCACCGAGGGCAAGAGAACGACCAAGGUCAAGACGACCACGACCAAGACAAUCAAGGCCAAGAAAACCAAGAAGUCGGCGCCCAAGAAAGACUUGACCGAGGAGCAGAAGGAGGCGGCCGAUGAGAAAAAGAAGAUCCUGAAGUUGAAGCAGCUGAUCAAGGAGUUGAAGGCGACGGCCCUGACGCCGCCCAAGCAACUUCCCUCGCAGCCUCAUCUGCUGGCUAUUGGCGAAAAGAGGAAGGCACUAGAAAGAGGGCCGGAUGAAAGCAUGCCGGACGUGUUCCGCAGGGCUGUCGCACUGUCCCGUUCGAUCACUGCUGAAGAGCAGCAGAAAUUCGCAGCUCAAGCAGAGGCCAACAGAAAGACCAACGCGACUACGCGCGAGGAGUGGAUCAAAUCCCACACUCCGCUCCAGAUCAAAGACGCCAACCACGCGCGCCGGAGACUGGCCCACCUCACGAACAAGAAGGCGGCUCUUCUUCACGACGACAGACUUGUCAAGAGGCCUAGCAGCGCGUACGCCCAGUUCCUCCAGGAGCGCAUUCGGAAUGGCGACUUUAAGUACAUGAGCGUGGUCGAGAUCGGCCAGCGAACUGGCGAGGAGUGGAAUGGAAUGACUGAGCCUGAGAAAGCGAAAUACCGCGAACUCGAAGUGGCCGACAAAAAUCGGUAUCAUCAAGAAUACUUGGAAGUAUACGGCGAAGAGCCCGGCUUUGUCACCAGGGCCAAUAAGGCUGAGGCGGAGGCCUAA